UUUAUUAUUUAGUUUCCUAGUUUUCAAUUUAUUUUUAUUUUCAGAUACGAAGAAAUAAAGUUGAAUAUUUGCAGCACCGGUUUUUUCCAACAUUCAUGGUCUACUUUUGAAUUUGAUUCACCCAUCUCGUUUUGUUCUCUUCUCUCUCUAUUGCUCCUAAGGAGAUUAUUUUGGGCAGAGAAUAAUAAUAAUAAUAAUAAUAAUAAAAAUGGAGGCUGCAGAUGCAGCAGUGUGGCAAGGUGCGGUUUUGGGUGGAAUAGUGAUAUGGGUUGUCACAGCUUCAUUCCUCGAUGUUACUCUCAAGCUUAGAUCUUUCCUUCAACCUUGGGUUUCUCACCAUGUCGAUAUUGGAGUCCCUUUCAUCCUUCAGAUCCAGAAUUACCGGUUUGGCUUCCUGGAUGCAUUGUUCUCGGGUUUGUCUUGCGUUGUUUCUGUGCCCUUCUACACUGGUUUCCUCCCUCUGCUUUUUUGGAGUGGCCAUGGUAAAUUGGCGAGACAGAUGACGUUGUUGAUUGCGUUUUGUGAUUACACUGGAAACUGCAUAAAGGAUGUGGUUUCUGCUCCAAGACCCCCUUCUCCCCCUGUCCAUAGAAUUACUGCUACAAAAGAUGAAGAAGAUAAUGCUUUAGAAUAUGGACUCCCUUCUUCUCAUACUCUUAACACAGUUUGCUUAUCCGGCUACCUUUUGCACUAUGUGCUGUAUCAUACUCAAAUAGAUGGUGUCCAUGCUACCUAUAUUGGAGUUCCUCUUGUUGUAUUGUUGGUGACUCUCAUUGGCUUCGCAAGAGUCUAUCUUGGCAUGCACAGUGUGAUUGAUAUCAUUGCUGGGCUUCUUUUUGGACUUGGGAUCCUUGCACUUUGGCUUUCAGUUGAUGAAUACAUAGACAAUUUUGUGGUCUCUGGACAAAACGUUAUAUCAUUUUGGGCUGGCUUGAGCUUCCUCUUGCUUUUUGCUUAUCCAACUCCAGAGAUUCCAACUCCGAGUUUUGAAUAUCACACUUGUUUCAAUGGUGUUGCAUUGGGAAUUGUAACGGGGGUACAGCUAACUUAUCAUCAAUUUCACAGUGAAUUUGUGCCUCGUUUGUUCACUUCAGAAAUGAAGAUACUUGUAUUUGCGGGAAGAGUGUUGGUGGGGAUUCCAACAAUUUUGAUUGUGAAAUUCUGCAGCAAGGCUCUAGCAAAAUGGACGAUUCCAGUGGUUGCAAACACAUUGGGCAUUCCAAUAAAGUCAAGCAGCUAUAUCCCGAAAUUGAAUCCAUUAGUCACGGGAAAUAAGCCUAAAGAAGGUUACUUCCAAAAGCUGCUUUCAACGCAGGACUCAUUUGAUGUUGAUACCGGAAUUAGAUUUGUUCAGUAUACUGGCCUUGCAUGGUCUGUAGUAGAUCUUGUGCCAUCUCUUUUUACAUACUUGAGUUUGUGAUUUGACUGAUUUCUCACACGUGUUGCUCUAUCUAAACACACAAUUUUGUAUAGCUAAGGGGAAUACCCCCUUCUGGCCAUAGAAACUGAAAUUCAUUUCUCAGUAUAUAAUGUUAGCUAAUAGAUACAUAAAUUUUUAUUUAUUUAUUACAA